AUGAUUGCAGCAUCAGAUUACGGGCUCUUCCUGUCCGAUGAUGACCCCAGGAAAGGAAUCUGGUUGGAAUCAGGGCGCACCCUUGAUUACUACAUGCUGCGGAAUGGGGACAUCCUGGAGUACAAGAAAAAACAGAGACCUCAGAAGAUCAAAAUGCUGGAUGGAGCAAUCAAAACCAUAAUGGUGGAUGACUCCAAAACAGUAGGGGAGCUGUUGGUCACCAUCUGCAGUAGGAUAGGAAUCACUAAUUAUGAGGAGUACUCACUGAUCCAAGAGCAGGUGGAGGAGAAACGUGAGGAUGGAAUGGGAACGCUGAAGAAAGACAGAACCCUCCUGCGAGACGAGAGGAAGAUGGAGAAGCUGAAAGCCAAACUUCACACAGAUGAUGAUUUGAACUGGUUGGACCACAGUUGGACGUUUCGGGAGCAGGGCGUAGAGGAGAGCGAGAUACUACUUCUACGAAGGAAGUUCUUCUAUUCUGACCAGAAUGUAGACUCUCGUGAUCCUGUCCAGCUCAACCUGCUCUACGUACAGGAUCACAAAACCUGUGGCGAGAUGAUGGAGAUCGAGGCAAAAGUGAAGUAUGUGAAGCUUGCCAGGUCCCUACGCACAUACGGAGUGUCGUUUUUCCUGGUGAAGCCAGGAUUUUUAGACCUGAAGGAGUUCCUACCAAAAGAAUACAUCAAACAGAGGGGGGCGGAGAAGAGAAUUUUUCAGGAUCACAAAACCUGUGGCGAGAUGAUGGAGAUCGAGGCAAAAGUGAAGUAUGUGAAGCUUGCCAGGUCCCUACGCACAUACGGAGUGUCGUUUUUCCUGGUGAAGGAGAAGAUGAAAAGCAAGAAUAAGUUGGUCCCGCGUUUACUGGGCAUUACCAAAGAGUCAGUGAUGAGGGUGGAAGAGAAGACCAAAGAGGUGGUGCAGGAGUGGCCCCUCACCACAGUCAAGAGGUGGGCGGCCUCACCCAAGAGCUUUACACUGGAUUUCGGUGAGUACCAGGAGAGCUAUUACUCUGUCCAGACCACAGAAGGGGAGCAGAUCUCUCAACUCAUUGCCGGAUACAUUGACAUCAUCCUUAAGAAAAAACAGAGUAAAGAUCGGUUUGGUUUGGAUGGUGAUGAGGAAUCCACCAUGCUAGAAGAAUCCGUAUCCCCAAAAAAGUCCACCAUCCUCCAGCAGCAGUUUAAUCGGGUGGGUCGAGUCGAGCACGGGUCGGUGGCGUUGCCUGGCAUCAUGCGCUCGGGGUCGAUAGGAGGGCCCGACACGUUCAACAUGGGCACCAUGCCCUCGGCUCAACAGCAGAUCACCACGGGACAGAUGCACAGAGGACACAUGCCCCCUCUGAGUCUGGCCCAGCAAGCACUGAUGGGAACUAUCAACACCAGUAUGCAGGCUGUCCAGCAGGCACAAGCUGACCUGGGAGAGGUAGACAAUCUUCCACCACUGGGACAAGACAUGGCGUCCAGAAUGUGGGUUCAAAACAAGGUGGACGAAUCCAAACACGAGAUUCACUCCCAAGUGGACGCCAUCACGGCUGGAACCGCGUCAGUGGUCAACCUCACUGCCGGAUUUGUGUGUUCCUUCCUGCGUUCUGGAGAGCUUCCAUGCGGACCAGACCAGCCCAGACAGACGGUGUUGAGCGCGGCGAGCAGCAUCGGCCAGGCCAGUGGAGAUCUUUUGAAACAAAUGGGAGAAGGAGAAACUGACGAGAGAUUCCAGGACAUUAUGAUGAACCUGGCUAAAGCCGUAGCUAAUGCUGCUGCCAUGCUGGUGCUGAAAGCCAAGAACGUGGCACAGGUGGCCGAGGACACGGCGCUGCAGAACCGAGUCAUUACCGCCGCCACGCAGUGCGCGCUCUCCACCUCACAGCUGGUGGCCUGUACAAAGGUGGUGAGCCCCACCAUCUCCUCCCCGGUGUGUCAGGAGCAGCUGGUGGAGGCGGGACGUCUGGUGGAGCGAUCGGUGGAGGGCUGUGUGAAGGCAUGUCAUGCCGCCUCAGAGGAGGGCGAGCUAAUCCGACAGGUGAACAUGGCGGCUGGCGCGGUCAGCCAGGCCCUCAGCGACCUGCUGCAGCACGUGCGCCACUACGCCAGCUGCGGUGAGCCAAUCGGACGAUACGACCAGGCCACUGACACCAUCAUGACCGUAACAGAAAACAUUUUCACCUCAAUGGGGGAUGCAGGGUCUCACCUCAGUCGUGGUUUUGAGGGUGGAAGAGGGCGCUGCUCAUUCACUCCCUCCACCUACAAUCCCAUUUUACUGAAGCAGUCGUCAGUGGUGAGCCCCACCAUCUCCUCCCCGGUGUGUCAGGAGCAGCUGGUGGAGGCGGGACGUCUGGUGGAGCGAUCGGUGGAGGGCUGUGUGAAGGCAUGUCAUGCCGCCUCAGAGGAGGGCGAGCUAAUCCGACAGGUGAACAUGGCGGCUGGCGCGGUCAGCCAGGCCCUCAGCGACCUGCUGCAGCACGUGCGCCACUACGCCAGCUGCGGUGAGCCAAUCGGACGAUACGACCAGGCCACUGACACCAUCAUGACCGGUGCUGCUGCAUACCCAGAAAAUGAAGACCAGCAGCAGAGGUUACGAGAGGCUGCUGAAGGGUUACGGGUCGCCACCAAUGCAGCCGCUCAGAACGCCAUCAAAAAGAAACUCAUUCACCGGCUGGAGGCUCAUGAGGCGUGUGGUCCUCUGGAGAUUGACUCUGCUCUCAGCGCAGUUCAGACACUCAAGAGUGAACUACAAGAUGCCAAAAUGGCCACACUGGAAGGACAACUCAAACCACUACCUGGACAAUCGUUGGAGAAGUGUGCUCAGGAUCUGGGAAGUACGUCUAAAGCUGUGGGCUCCUCCAUGGCCCAGUUAUUGACCUGUGCUGCCCAGGGCAACGAACAUUAUACUGGUGUGGCAGCAAGGGAAACUGCUCAAGCUCUGAGGACGUUGGCCCAGGCCGCGAGGGGAGUGGCAGCGAGUACCGUGGAGCCCAAAGCUGCAGCGGCCAUGCUGGACUCCGCCUGUCACGUGAUGGAGGGCUCGGCCAUGCUAAUCCACGAAGCCGACCAAGCCCUAGUGUGCCCUGGUGAUGCCGAGAGCCAGCAGAGAUUAGCACAGGUGGCGAAGGCUGUCUCUCACUCCCUCAAUAACUGUGUGAACUGCUUACCUGGACAAAAGGAUGUGGACAUGGCUCUCAGGAGCAUUGGCGAGGCCAGUAAGAAAUUGCUUGUGGAAAAUCUUCCUCCAUGCUCCAAAUCUUUCCAAGAGGCGCAGACAGACCUGAACCACACGGCAGCCGAGCUCAACCAUUCAGCUGGAGAUGUGGUGCAGUCUUCACGUGGGAGCAGCAGCCAGCUGGCUGUGGCUUCCGGGAAGUUCAGCCAAGACUUUGAUGAGUUUUUAGAUGCCGGCAUUGAGAUGGCCGGACACACUCAGUCCAAAGAUGACCAGAUCCAGGUGAUUGGCAACCUGAAGAACAUCUCUAUGGCAUCCAGUAAGCUGCUAUUGGCUGCCAAGUCCCUCUCUGUAGAUCCAGGGGCGGCAAACGCCAAGAACCUCCUCGCAGCUGCGGCCUCUUAUUUGGUAGGAGUCUCAGACCCAAACAGCCAGUCAGGUCAUCAGGGAUUGGUCGAUCCCAUCCAGUUUGCCAGAGCCAAUCAGGCGAUUCAGAUGGCCUGCCAGAAUCUGGUGGACCCGGCCAGCAGCCCAUCCCAGGUUUUGUCGGCAGCUACCAUUGUUGCAAAGCAUACCUCGGCUCUUUGCAAUGCCUGUCGUCUGGCAUCUUCCAAAGCAGCCAAUCCUGUGGCCCGGAGACAUUUCGUGCAGUCAGCCAAAGAGGUCGCCAAUACCACGGCUAACCUUGUGAAAACUAUAAAGGCCUUGGAUGGAGAUUUCUCAGAUGAGAACCGCGAGAGGUGCAGAGUGGCCACAACCCCGCUGAUAGAAGCUGUGGAUAAUCUCUCCACCUUUGCCUCCAACCCUGAGUUUGCCAGCAUUCCUGCGCAGAUAAGCCACGAGGGUUCAGCAGCCCAGGAGCCAAUCCUUCGUUCUGCUCGUUCAAUGCUGGACAGCUCCACCCACUUAUUAGAGACCGCCCGCUCUCUCAUCCUUAACCCCAAAGACCCGCCCACCUGGUCCAUCUUGGCAGGCCAUUCCCGCACCGUGUCGGACUCCAUCAAGAGCCUCAUCACGUCCAUCAGGGACAAGGCCCCUGGGCAGCGGGAGUGUGACCAGUCCAUCGACAGCAUGAACAAGAGCAUCAGGGACAUCGAGCAGGUGUCCCUCGCCGCCGUGAGUCAGAGUCUGCCCUGCAGGGACGACAUCUCGAUGGAGGCUUUACAGGAGCAGCUGACGUCCGCUGUGCAGGAGAUCGGCCACCUCAUUGACCCCAUCUCCACUGCAGCGCGAGGGGAAGCGGCUCAGCUCGGACACAAGGUGACUCAGUUAGCGAGCUACUUUGAGCCAGUGAUUGUGGCGUCGGUGGGACUGGCGUCUAAACAUGCCGACCACCAGCAGCAGAUGAACAUACUGGAUCAAACCAAAACCCUGUUUGAAUCUGCUCUACAGAUGCUCUAUGCUGCCAAAGAAGGCGGAGGAAACCCUAAGGCAUCCCACACUCAUGAUGCCAUAGCUGAAGCGGCCCAGUUGAUGAAGGAGGCAGUUGAUGACAUCAUGGUGACCUUAAACGAGGCGGCCAGUGAGGGCGGGAUGGUGGGCGGCAUGGUGGAGUCCAUCGCUGAGUCCAUCGGACGGAUGGAUGAAGGAACUCCGCCAGAGCCUGAUGGCACUUUUGUGGAUUACCAGACCACCAUGGUGAAGUUUUCAAAAGCCAUCGCCAUUACUGCGCAGGAAAUGAUGACGAAGUCAGUGACAUGUCCAGAGGAGCUGGGUGGACUGGCAUCUCAGGUGACGGUGGAUUACAGCCAGCUGGCACAACAAGGCCGUCUGGCAGCUGCCACUGCUGAGCCAGAGGAGGUGGGAUCUCAGAUCAAGACUCGGGUGCAGGAGUUGGGUCACGGCUGCAUCUAUCUGGUCCAGAAGGCUGGAGCCCUGCAGAUGAGCCCGACGGACAGUUUCACCAAGAGAGAGCUGAUCGAAUACGCCCGUGCCGUCACAGAGAAGGUGUCCAUGGUGUUGUCAGCCCUGCAGGCUGGUAAUAAAGGAACUCAGGCCUGUAUAACUGCAGCCAGUUCUGUCUCCGGCAUCAUCGCUGAUCUGGACACCACCAUCAUGUUUGCCUCUGCCGGCACACUUAACGCAGAGAACGAAGAGUCUUUCGCAGAUCACAGAGAGAACAUAUUGAAAACCGCUAAAGCUUUGGUUGAAGACACCAAGCUGCUUGUGUCUGGUGCUGCAUCGAGCCAGGACAAACUAGCCCAGGCGGCCCAGUCCUCUGCCAAAACCAUCACACAGCUCACUGACGUGGUCAAACUGGGCGCUGCGAGCAUGGGCUCAGAGGACCCCGAGACACAGGUGGUACUGAUAAACGCUAUCAGAGACGUUGCUAAAGCUUUGGCUGAGCUGAUUAGUGCCACUAAAUGUGCUGCAGGCAAGGCAGCAGAUGAUCCAUCCAUGUAUCAGCUGAAAAGUGCUGCCAAGGUGAUGGUAACGAACGUGACCUCUCUACUGAAAACUGUGAAAGCGGUGGAAGAUGAAGCCACUCGCGGGACGAGAGCUCUUGAAGCCACUAUUGAGUGCAUCAAACAGGAACUCACUGUUUUCCAAUCCAAGGACGUUCCGGAGAAAUCUACCACCCCAGAAGAGUUCAUCCGCAUGACCAAGGGCAUCACCGUAGCGACGGCCAAAGCGGUGGCAGCAGGCAACUCUACUCAGCAGGAGGACGUGAUAUCCACUGCCAACCUGAGCCGCAAAGCCAUCUCCGACAUGCUGACCACCUGCAAGCAAGCCGCGUACCACCCAGAAGUGGGUGAGGAUGUGAGGAAUAAAGCUCUGCUCUAUGGCAUCGAGUGCACCGCCAGAUACACCGACUUGCUCGAACACGUCCUGCUUGUACUGCAGAAACCCACGGCCGAACAGAAACAGCAGUUGGUCACACUGUCCAAGAAAGUGGCGGGCUCAGUCACGGAGCUCAUCCAGACUGCUGAAGCCAUGAAAGAUGGAGGUUCAGAGUGGGUGGACCCAGAAGACCCCACGGUGAUAGCGGAGACAGAGCUCCUGGGUGCUGCUGCGUCCAUCGAGGCCGCGGCUAAGAAACUGGAGCAGCUGAAGCCCAGAGCCAAACCAAAGCAAGCCGAUGAGUCUCUUGACUUUGAGGAGCAGAUCCUGGAAGCGGCGAAAUCCAUCGCUGCAGCAACCAGCGCUCUGGUCAAAUCUGCAUCGGCCGCCCAGAGAGAGCUCGUAGCACAGGGCAAGGUGGGCUCCAUCCCUGCCAAUGCAGUAGAUGAUGGCCAGUGGUCCCAAGGUCUGAUAUCAGCAGCUCGGAUGGUUGCGGCCGCCACUAGUAGCCUGUGUGAGGCUGCCAACGCUUCAGUCCAGGGUCACGCCAGCGAGGAGAAGCUCAUUUCCUCUGCCAAACAGGUGGCGGCUUCCACCGCUCAACUGCUGGUGGCCUGUAAAGUCAAAGCAAACCAGGACUCAGAGGCCAUGAGGAGAUUACAGGCUGCUGGUAAUGCCGUCAAGAGAGCAUCUGACAACCUGGUGAAGGCAGCGCAGAAAGCAGCCUUCGAUAAAUCCGAAGACAACAGCGUCGUGGUUAAAACUAAAUUCGUAGGUGGAAUCGCUCAGAUCAUUGCAGCACAGGAGGAGAUGCUCAGAAAGGAGAGGGAGUUAGAAGAAGCCCGGAAGAAACUCGCCCACAUCCGACAGCAACAAUACAAGUUCCUGCCCAGCGAACUGCGAGAAGACCAGAGCUGAACACGCCUCGUCUGAUUGGACGUGAUAUCCAUCGGAUCAUGAUUGUUAUGGAUGAUUGACUGCUCCUUAUAUACAGAGCUAGAGAUGUCACACGUCAUUGGUUGUGUAACUGUCAGGUGACUUGUUAAAGUUAAAUGUGAUUGGCUCACAUGGGACUACCGCCACUGAUUUGGCUGUAUGUUGGGGUAUGAAUGGAUUUCGUCUUACAUAGGGCUAAUAUUUUUUGUUCUUGUUUUUUUAAUCAUGUAUUAAGGUGUUAAGCACUUGUUAGAGGUUUGAUCGAGCGUGUGCGUGAUUGUGUGUUUUAUGUAUCAAUAGUAUGCCACACAUUGGCGAUAUCUUACCGUAAGAAUCUCGAUAACUAAUCCUACACAAUGUCAGUGUGUCAUGUUUUAUAAUGCAACCAAUGUGAAACUAUUAAUAUCUGAAGCUGGAAGCCGCAAACCAGACAAAAUUUACUUAUAAAAUUUACUUAUAGUGUGAUGUCAGACCAUAAGCUUUCAUUAUUCGCUCGCGUGACGAUAAGCUUCAAACGCCUCUUGAAUGCACUGCUCGAUUCAUACAUGUGCCACUCUAGAACUGGAUUAUGUUAGCAAGGUUAUGAAUUCUAGCUAGCUAUAAGGAAAGAAUGUACUGGUGCUCUUUGUCGUGUUAUUUAUUCUUAGCAGAACUUUAUUCGAGUAGCUUCCAGCUUCUCUUUGCUUUUGUAGGUCAAGUUGAGGGCUCUACGGAUUAAGGAAGUAUCAUGUCUUUCAGUUCUUUCAAUUCACGCAAAUUGUUUCAUUCAGUCGUCUCUUCAUACCUCAGCUGUAUCCUAGAUUGUAAGGUUUCCCAUGGUUCCUCUGGGUGUGAGCUUAGUCAGGUGGGCAGGAAUGAGGUUUGCCCAAACACAAUGGAUAUGUUCGGAUUAACACACUACCAUACUACUCAUACUAUUUCUGCAGAUGCAUACUUUGCACAGUAUGCAAAGCCUCAAUUUUGGCCGAUUUCAAAUUGACACACUACAUAUCUUUUUUUAUAUCUUUUAUAUGCAUCAAAAUUUAAAAAAUAAUAAUAAUAGAAUAGGCCUAUUUGAAAAAAUGUGGGGGAAAAAGUGAAACAUUUCAAGACGGUUGGACACAAAUUAAAUGUGCAUAAUAAUUAGGUCAUGUUUCAACAAUAUAACACACUACACUUUGCACAGUAUGCAGAUUUUCUUUAUUGAAAUAACCAGAUGACCUACUAUAUUUGCCAAAAUGUGCAGUAUGGAGAAACGGUACACUGUGUGGAACACUAUAUCCCACAAUGCAGUGUGCUCAAAUUCGUUUUUUAUUUCCAAUGUGAUGAAUGAACAGAAAAAUAAUACCAGACACAAUUUUGGCUGUAUUCGAAAUAGCAUACUAGCAUACUGCACAUCUUUAAUUUGCAACAAAAUUUCCGUAUUUUUUGCACAUAAUUAGAUAAAAAUCCGAAAAACCUUUUGAAAGCAAUCUGAAUUAAAUGUGUUGAGGUGUGUCAACGAUAUAACACAUUGCUGAUUGCAUACUGCACACUAUUCAACAUGCUAUUUUUUUAAAUAGUAGACAGUAAACAGUGUAUACUAUUUUAAGUAUUGAAUACGCAGAAUGCUAGCAUUUCAUUCCAAAUAUAACCUGCAUCUAGAGCUGUGUUAGAAGAAGAACUUUACACAAAUUGCGUCAAACAGGCUACGUGGCAAGGUCAUGUGACAACAAUUUAGCAUACUUACCGUCUGAAAUGUAUAUCAUUGAAUCUUAAUAAUCCACUGUUUCACAUGCUAUUUUUUAAAACAAUAGUAGGCAGUAUACAGUAUAUACUGUGCAGUAUGCAGUACGCGGAGCGCUAGUAUUCCAUUCUGAACGCAGCCAGAAUCUCAGUGUUGUACUUUCUAAUAUCACAGCUCUCAUAAAACACAUAUGCUCGCAUUUGUAGUCUUUUUGAGAUCUACUUUGCAAUAGAUCCACCGCAGAUCAACUUCCUGUUUGAGAUUGUACCUGCAUGGCUGUUAGGAACACAGCACGAAGCGCAGUGUAGUCUUACCUGCAAAUAACACAUCUCUUCUGCUUAUCAUGUAUCGUGAAAA